CUCACCUUGGGACUCUGGAGGAGAUGCGUCGCUGCCAUCCUGGUCCGCCAUUUCUCCUGACGUCACUGAGAGGGAUCAACGGCAGGAGCUCGAGGGACCUGAUCCUGAGCCAGGCCGGGCACCCUCCCACGGACAGACUGUUCAGGCUCACCCCCCUCUGGACCCCCAAUAAAAUGGCUACUGAUUGGCGCACAGAAACCUGCAACCAUGGCAACCAGCUGUUUGGCAAUUCCUAUGAUGAGGAGAGAAGAAGAGUUGGCCUGCAGGUGUGAUCCCAAACAGACAAGAGGUCGUCUGAUUGAUGUAUCACAAAGUGAGGGGCUGCCAGCACCCCGCCAACAGGCUGAACCACGGACCUCAGUGCUGAUUCACAGAGCCCCACUCCUCCUGGAGGAGGGGUAGGAGCUGGUGGUGAGCGUGCAGAGGGAGGUCAGGGAGCGCAGCCAGUUGUCCAGGAGCUGUGGUUCAUCGUAGUUAUGGCGGGUAUCGCCCUGCUGCUGCUGGCUGUCGUGUUAGGUGUUGUGCUUCAUAAGGCCCUGAACAAACCCCCCUUCACCAGAGAGAGACCCCCAUUGGUGGCCCUGCCUAUGCAGAAGAGGAGUCCCAGGGCCAUUUAUCCAGCUAGCAACUCUGUCCUGUUUGAUACAGUACCUGACACAACAGGCUUCUCCAACAGUGUCACACUGAAGGGCUUCACCAUGAAGAUAGAGGAAGUGAUGGAGGCUAAAUGUGAGCCGGUUGAUGAGGACCACCCACAGGGUGAGUUGGGGAUCCUAAGUGUGAACUCCCUGAGGCGCAGCGUCAGCCAGGUGAUGGAUGGGAAGUCAUCCACAGGAGAGGACGAGGUGUGGGACCCAAACAUUUCCGGCCAUGACAGCGGGAUGUUUAUGGAUGAUGAGGAGUUUGUCGACACCAUCAAAGGGUUCAGCACAGUGAGGAAGGAGCAUACCAUGUUCACCGACACGAACCUGUGACUCCAGAGGAUUACUCUGAACCUGACAGGACACCCGUUGUGAUGGAUGUUUUCACUUUUGUCAAGCAAGGACACACUUGAAACCCACCUGUAGUCCUGACGUGUUAAAGGGACACUUGCUUGUUAAAAGUUCCUGAAGUGAGUUUUCUUCACUGCUAUGAUGUAAAAACAAGAAGUGUCUCAUUAGCUGGAAUAACUGCGGCAACAAGGACAAAGGAAGUGGGAGCUUUACCGGCUGGGUUUGAGUUGGAAGAGGAAACGUCAGAAAAUGUUGAAUAAAGUGUCUUAGUGAGGACAACUGUGCUAUAACAGGGCUAAACUGAUCGGGCUAUUUUCUAUGUAUUCCCCACUAGAGGGAGCCCUUUUAUCAGGUAAUUUUGUAGAAGUUGUACUGAAACCAUUAUGUAUCACACUAUUUUUAUUUACCUCUCAAUGGUUGUCUUUUAUUAUGUCUUUCAAUGCUUUGUUUGAUGGGAUCAAAAAAAACCUGUGGUGAACUUGCACUGUGAAACGGUAAAACUUUAAUCCAUCUGUUGCAUGCAGCAUGCAAGUGCCAUCUUUUUUGAUAGUUAAGAGGCCUGAUACAAUAUCUCUCCUCCUGUAUACUUGUUGGUGGCAACCAGUUAAUUAAGAAAUUAUCCAGAUAACAAAAUACACUGGCUGUAGACACCUGAAGUAGAUAUGCAUCCAUUCAUUUAUUUUAGUUUAUCUCCUGGUGAUAGCAAUGACUUUUUGUUUUUUUUCCAUUUGUUUUCCAAAGUUUUCACUUAUUAAACUUCAGAUAACACAGAAGUUGUGGUAUCAAAGAAAAAAGUAUUUUUCUCAGUCUCCCAAAUGUAACUUAUGUAAGAACUAGUGCUGUUAUCUUGAGACAAUGAAGUUUCAUUCAGACAACUCACAUCUGUAAUGGUUUGCCAUGCAGUUAGUUUGAAAAUUGGUACCUUAGGCCAAGGCUAUUAUCCAGGCAGCAAAAUGAAUAGACAUCAGUGCUUAGCUGAUGGCCUAGUGGUUAGAUUGCACCUCAUGUACGCAGGUGGGUUUAAGUCUGGCCUGUGGCUCUUUAACUGCAUGCCAUUCCAUGCUUCUCUCUACCCAAAGUCCUAUCCUUCUAAUAAAUGGCUAAAAAUACAA